ACAUUCAAAAGUGUCAUGGUGGUGGGUCUGAAUCAGAGACAGAAUCAUGCCCGGCCUGAAGGAUCGGAACAAACAGUACUCAGUUUCAAGUACCGAUCCUUCGUCCGUGAUUAUCACUGAGUCUCAGAUCCGCAUCUCCUACUAUAUUUCCAUGUCAUCUUCGAGCUUCGUUUGAGCAGAUGUACGCCAUUUUUUGUAUCUUGUGGGGCUUGCGCUAUUUUGACCACCCUAAGGUUUACAGAUUGGGCAGUCGGGUCAGUGCUUGGAGCCGCAUCGCCACUUUUCUGCAAUACCACAGCACCAGAAACAACAAGCCAUAUGAUGUGUUCCUCAUCAGUGCUCAACGUCGAAGAUGGAGUCGUACAUCCCGGCGUCUUAUCACUGUGAUUAAUAAAACCUCAACCUCACGAUCUAUCCUUUCUGUCUUUUCAAUCUGAAAUAUAAAUGGAUACACAAAACCAGGACUCUCAUCGCGUCACCCGGCGCGUUCGCCGUGCCUGUGAUUGUUGUCGACUUCGCAGAGUAAAAUGCAAUGGUGAUCCUGAUGGCUGCCAACAAUGUAACCAUCUCGACCUGCGGUGCGUUUAUUCGACUGGGACUAUGGGUAGCUCACGUAACGGUGUAGCAAGAGGGUCCGUGAUUUCGCACUUGAGGGACAAGCCUUCCUCUAAAGUCCGCAUUGCGCCGCGAGAAAAUCGUGGCGUAGAUGGUGCUGCGACACCGCAUGAUAGACAUAAUCUCACCUCGACCAUUGUCGAACGUGGCGGCCAAGUUCAUGCAACAUCCUCAGAAGUAGCACCCGAGGUCACGUACCCCAAGGAGUUCUUCAGGAAGCUGGUCGACGACUAUACCAACUAUGUCUACGUCGUAAAUCCUAUCAUUACUCCUCAGGAGAUUUUACUGUCAAUCGACAGAAUGGAUCAGCCUGACCAUCUGGUUGACUACGCUCUCGUUCAUGCUUGUGCAGCCGUCACACUUAAUCUUACGAAGCCCAACUGGCAAGUUGACCAAGCAGAGUCUUCUCGGAUCCAUGAACUUCUCGGGCUUGCUUCGAAAGGGCGUGAGACACUUAUGAGACGAUCGAUGAGUCUACAUGGGCCGAGUAUCCAUCCUAAUUUGUCGGCACAAUUUAUCAUGACAGCAAUCUUCAUAGAAAUCUGCUUAAUGGCUGUUGAUAAGUUCUCGGAAGCCUUCAUGAUCCUCCGAGAAGCGAUUGCAAUGAUACAGUUGCUGGGAGUGGACCAUUUAGUCAGCGGAGAGCAACGACAAAACACGUUCGGGGUUAGCCAGAGAUUUGCGGCCAAUUCAGAACUUUCACCUGCCGAACGAUCAAGGCGAAUUCGACUCUACUGGGAAGCGUUUAUUCACGAACGUUUCCUCGCUGUUGUUGCUUGUUACCCUCCCAUUCUCCCGCCUCUACCGCGAGAGGUAUCAUUGGCAAUCGAUGAUUCUUCGAUAUCAAGCCAUGUCAACAUUGGCUGGCAAUAUCUUAUUCAGUUAUGGGCUGUGCUGGAUGAUGAAUUCAUCGAAAGCUGGAUCCGAAACGGCACCGUAGCACCCAGAAGUGUUACUGCAGGCUGGAUCCAGGCGAAAAUGCAUUACUUGGCUGGUCUAUAUGAUGGAAACCUAGAACCGAGCCGCGGCGCAACUUACUCUUUUGAUGACCAGACGCCGGAAACAAUGGCAUCGCGCCACGGGGAUAUUACCACAGCUGAAUUCACACUUACCACUUUGCAGAAAGCAGACCUCAUCAUCACGCGACAGUGGUUACUCAUGAUGCUUUGGCAACUGGCAAUAUCCAACCUGCCGCUUGCGUCGCACGCGGCAUCAAACGAGCCGAUGGCCAUGUCCCUGCAAUUUCCCGCCCGGCUCACACGGGAGCUCCGCCAAGUCGUCGUCACUUUGGGAAGGCAGAGCGUGGAAAGACAUGGCUCCUCGAUCAUCAAGAAACUCUUCGAGAUUACCAACUCCCUAGCCGACGUUAUUCUACAUGUCUUCACAGACAGUGAUGAGGAAACUUCCCAGAGGACAAACGACUUCACUUUCUUGUUAGAAUUCUUGCAGGGCUGUGCUCCGCUUCCGUUGUAUGAAGUCCAAAUGAGGAUACUGGGUGAGAAGAGUCUCGCUGUCAAAGCAGUGCGGCAUCGGCAUUAUGUUAGUUGAAUACGUGGACAGCCGUCAGGUCCUCACGAGCAAUUAUAUUUUCACAAUCUGUUGUUGUUCCUUAGAGACUAUCAGCGAUCAUGUAUCAUAUCAUAUCAUGUACCACAAUGAUCAUCGGCACUCUUCGGAUUUAAAAUGAAUGAAUAGUAGACAUUUAACUCGGUAACCACUGAUUGGCCAUUGAUGGGCGACGUAAUAGAGAGGAUCUAGUCGAAGAACGAAAGAGCCUAAAAGUGACGGCGCUGAGAAUACCCAGCCGGUGGAGUUGUGGUGUCAAACCCCUAGGCGCAC